AUGGGUGACCGGGGGACUGGGCACGCUGCGCCGACACCGCUGGAGGAGAUCGCCAGCAGAAUCUCUGACCUCAGCAAAUGGAGAGAAAUCUUUAGUUUCCAUGGCUUGGAAAUCAACAGCACAAUUCAUCAGCAAGGACGGAGCAGUGCUGCCCAUGGACCACCCGAAGCCGGGGAGUCCCCAGGGUCACAGCCCCCCUCCUCCAUCCCCCAGCCCCUCCUGCUCCCUCAGGGCGAGGGCGGCCGCCCCAUCCCCCCGGACACGGCAAUGAGGCUGCAGAAGCUGCUCUUCAGGAGCACGGCCCCCCUCUUCAGCAGUGAGUGGGCAGCAGCACACUUCAGGUUCCACCCGCCGCACUCGGAUCUGGCCUACGCACUGCAGGCAGGGAAGGGAGGAACGAGAGCCAUUCUGGCGGCUGUACAAGCACACAUCAUCACAUACCUGCUCUUCACAAGAGAGACAGAAUGUACUCACCUGGAAAGGCUGUGCCGGGUCGGGCGGUGGGAGCAGGGGCAGGCACUGGCCUCGGCCCUGGCAGAGACCCUGUGGGCAGCAGGAGGAGGUGGCAGAGCUGUCGUGUGCCUCGUCACUGCCCCUAUCACCACGAUGCCACGUGAAGGCUACAGAGCCAACAGCUUCACAGAGAGAAUCCGGCUCUUUGAGUUCUCGGAGAAAGCUGCUGCUCAGGGGUUCAUCUCUGAUCAUAUGAACUGUUUCAAAGGUGAAGGAAGCCAUGGAGUGAUCCUAUUUUUAUACAGUUUACUUUUCUCUAGGACACUUGAAAGGGUCCAAGAGGAUUUGGGUGACACAGCUCCUCUGCUGAACAUCAGUUCUGGAAAUGUCACCUGUACAGAGGCCGUGCUCAGCCUGCUCCUGACGGGACGGGCGAGCCCGCGGCAGCUCGGCGGCUGCCGGGAGCCGGAGCCGGGCGCUGGGGACGGGGAUGCGGGCACCGGCGGAGCGGCAGGUGAGCGCAGGGACAGCCCCACGGCCAGCGGGACCCUCGGCACAGCCCGGGCUCCUGGCAAGCGUCCCCCUGGCCAGGUGAGCCCCGGGCUGCGGACUCCCCGGCUGCCCGUGUGGCUGUGCAGCGUCUCGGGCAGGCACAGCGUGCUCUUCGGCACCGACAGCCGGCUGCUCUCCGACUGGAAAUCCGAGAGAAUUUUCCACCUGUACUUCUACACUGGGCAGCAGGAGCAGACCCAAACUGCCCACCUGACGAUAGACACUCAUUCACAUCACUGGGAAGAGGCUCAAAGAGAAGGCCCCUGCAGCCCAGGGAAGAGGCGCCCAGCCCUGGAGAUGGCAAUCAGGACCAAGUGGGCAGGUGCGACCGUCAGCUGGAACGGGACAGACCCCUUCUUCUGAGGAGUGAGCAGGAUGGAGCCCUGCUCCUGAAGGGUACUGGCAUCUCCCACACACUACCAGCUGCACAGGACCCUGCAGUCUGGGAGACAAAAAGCUCUCUCCCCAAUCAA